AUGACAACAUGUGGGAGCCUGCAUCACAUCUUCGAUACCCUAUUGCCAGAAAACCCAAGGCUGCUUGAAUCCCUCUCAUGGAACCAAAUAAAGCCCGUAAAACCCACAGACCAAACCCUCUCCUUCACUGAGAUAUUUGGAGAACUCCAUUUCAAGGAGACUUCUAUAUCACCACCCUCUACUCCCCCUAUUCCUACUUCAUCAUCAACUGAGACAACAAGCAACACCAACAGGCACAAAAGCAGUGACAGCUUCUCAUCCUUGAGUUCUGAGAGUUUGCACCUCUGCACUGAGGGUCUUGGCUUUGAGAGCUCGGAUGAUGUUGAAGACUUAAAGGAUGAAAUGAAUGAGAGUUGGGAAACAUGUAAGGAAAAAGAGGCUGUCAAAAGGUAUGCGACUUCAAGGGUGAGUGAGUACCCUCCUCCCAUUUCAAGCAUAGGGAGGAGCGGAAAGCCUUGUGUUUGCUUCAAGUCCUACAGGAGUGAAGGGAGAUUUGUUCUCGAAGAGAUAAGGAUUCCCACGCACGAGUUCCUCCAUGCUUGUAGGGAGGAUGGAAGGCUGAAGCUGAAUUUUGUUCACCCUGGCGAAGAACUUAUAGAGGAAGAUGAAGAAGAUGACGAUGCUGACGUAGAAAGUAUAGAUGAAGAAGAAAACAUGGGAGAAGAAAAUGAUGAUAAUUGUCUGACAGAUCAUGUUAAUGAAGUAAAAGAGACUGAUGCUCAAGUCACUAGCCACUCACUUGAUGAAAGGGCAGAAAAUUUGAAUGCUAAGGAAAAUUCACAAAACUAA